AUGUCAAUUUGUUCUCGGUUUCCUCGGUUGGCAGAACCAUUGGGUUAUGUACCAGAGGAGGACAUUUUAUAUGCAGUGAAAGCUAUUGUUGUCACUCAACGAGAGAAUCGGAGGAGAGAUGAUCGCAAAUACAGUAGAAUGAAAUAUUUGAUUAUCUCCUGGGGCAUCGAGAAGUUUAGAAGUGUCGUGGAGCAGUAUUAUGGGAAGAAAUUUGAGCCUUCUCGUGAGUUGCCUGAGUGGGAAUUUGAAAGUUACUUGGGAUGGCAUGAGCAGGGUGAUGGUGGCUUGUUUUGUGAGCUCCAUGUUGAUAGUGGUCGUAACAUCAUCUUAUGUGGUAUUCGCAAAGCAUGGAAGCGCCGCAUUACCACAGCUCUUGCACAGGCUGGUUUACUGCAACCCAAGUAUGUAGACCCCCUCAAGUUGACUGCAAUGGCAUGUCCAGCUUUACCACUUUGCCCAUUGGCAAUAACUGAAGCCGAACGGGGAAUUCCUGACAUCUUCAAACGUGUUAGAGUUGUAUUCGAGAAGGUUGGUCUCAAAUCCAAUGAAUCUGUGGUAAUAAGGGCAACUGGCUGUCCCAGUGGCUGUGCCAGACCUUACAUGGCUGAACUUGGAUUUGUUGGUGAUGGUCCUAAUAGCUACCAGUCUUAUAUAGUUUACUUGGGAUCGCAUGCGCAUGGUCCUCGAGUUUCUAAAGCUGAUAUUGAUGCAGUAGCUGAUUCUCAUCAAGAAUUUAUUGGAUCGUAUUUGGGAAGUAGUGAGAAGGCAAGAGAUACAAUUAUUUACUCGUAUGACAGGCAUAUCAAUGGCUUUGCUGCCAUGCUUGAAGAGGAAGAGGCAGCUGAAAUUGCAAGGCAUCUAAAGGUUGUGUCGGUUUUCUUGAACUGGGGAAGAAAACUACACACAACACAUUCAUGGGAUUUCAUGUUAUUGGAAAAGAAUAGUGUUGUCUACCCCUCUUCUUUGUGGAAGAGAGCUAGAUUUGGUGAAGAUUCAAUCAUAGCCAACCUCGACACCGCCAAGGCUGCCAAUGCAUCUGUGGCAGAUGCCUUGUUGUGUAAGCCUGGAUCAUUGGAUCAUGAGAAAGCCAAAGGUAAAAUAUUGGUGUGUCUCAGGGGAGAAACUGGAAGAAUGGAUAAGGGCUACCAAGCUGCUUUAGUUGGUGCAACAGGGAUGAUCCUGUGCAAUGACAAGGCAAGUGGUAACGAAAUCAUAGCAGAUCUUCAUGUUCUUCCAGCAUCAGAAAUCACUUAUACAGAUGGUCUUGCUGUAUUUGCCUACAUUAAUUCCACCGACCAUCCUCUGGGAUAUAUUUCCGCUCCGACAGCAAAGCUGGGAACACAAUCCACUCCAUUCAUGGCUGCAUUCUCUUCCAGGGGGCCAAAUGCUGUCACACCAGAGAUGUUGAAGCCUGAUAUAACUGCACCUGGAGUGAAUAUUAUAGCAGCCAUUAGUGAAGCAGUCAGCCCUACUAACUUGGACUUUGAUAAGCGGAAGUCUCCUUUCAUCACCGAAUCUGGCACAUCUAUGUCUUGUCCACAUGUUGCAGGAGUUGUUGGGCUUCUUAGAACUCUCCAUCCUGAUUGGAGUCCAGCUGCAAUUAGAUCUGCAAUCAUGACAACCGCAAGAACGAGAGCCAACACCAUGACACCGAUGAUUGAUGGGAGAGAGAGUUUGAAGGCAACACCAUUUAGUUAUGGUGCUGGACAUAUAAGACCAAACUGUACUCGGGAUCCAGGCUUGGUCUAUGGCUUGAGCAUCAAUGAUUACUUGGACUUCCUUUGCACUAGCAGAUACAACUCUACCAUGAUAGAACCUUUCGCUGACGGUCCUUAUAAAUGUCCUGAGUUGGCUAGUAUUUUCGAUUUCAACAACUCUUCAAUAACUGUAAACCUGGUACGUAACUCGAUGAGUGUGAUCAGAAAAGUGAAGAAUGUAGGUUUACCAGGAACAUAUGCAGUUCAUGUUCGAGAACCAUAUGGGAUUUUGAUCUCCGUUGAACCCAAUAUCUUGACAUUCGAGAAUACGGGCGACGAGAAGAGCUUUAAGGUUACUUUUGAAGCUAAGUGGUAUGGUGCAGCUAAAGAGUAUGAAUUUGGAUCACUAUCAUGGACAGAUGGUAGGCGUUAUGUUAGGAGUCCUAUUGUUGUUGCUUUUGGUGACAAUGAUUAG